GUCUAAAAACCAUAUCGUUAUGUUAGCAAUCUGCUAACUAGCCAAUGAUUGGUAGCCUAUGUAGAUAUGAUUCUCUCCAAUUUAUAAAAAGCACCAUGCAACAUUUAUGGAGAAUCAAUGCGUUCUGACUAAUUGCGAAGCUGCACAAAAUGUUCGGCUUGCGUUCUGCUUUGACGUUGUAGGUGUGAUCCUUUCAAAGAGUGUGCCAUUCGAUGGCUUAACAUUACUGGAACGCGCUAAUCCACCAAACACGCGUGAAAUUUGGAUUGCAACUUUCCCUUGUCAUCUGUAUUCUCACACCAAAAAAUGAAGGAGUGCCUCUCCAAACGUGUUUAUUUGCCAGGUAAUCUGGAUUUUAUUCAUAGCCAGUGCCUAUAGUGCUACUUUCUUCCCUCACUAUUGAUUUGGUAAAAUGUCCAUUAGUAUCCAGUUGUCCGAAGAAAAAUCAUCGUUUCCAUUCCGUUUGCAUGCCAAAAGCUUAUAGGCGAAUAUGCGUUUUGGUUUCACUUCCUCAAGGAAAGACCCUAUAACAAGCCCGUACAGUGUCACUGUUUUCUAUUCUGUCGACAUUAGGCUACCUUAUACAAGUCUAGCUGACACGUCUACUCUCUCUGAAAAAAGUUUUGUUAGUAUCCUGUCCUACGAUUAUUUCCACGAUAUAAGAGGUCGAUUUGGCUGUGAUCUGUGGUUAAUUUUCCCGCGGCGGUUAAGGAGUGCAGAUAAAAACAAUGGUAUCACUGCGUCAGUGAAGACCGUUGAAGACAUGCAUAUGGACUCCCUGGCCGAGGAAGCCGAUUCAGGAAAAACAAGCAGUGUGUCAACUGUACAGCUGCUCACCUUGCACCGUGAGCGCCUGGUCUCUCAGGUGAAGAGCACGCAGUGCAUUCUGGAUAACCUCCUUCAAAGUGGCUUUCUGUGUUCUGAGGAUGCAGAAAUUAUCCUGCGCUCACUCACCAAGACAGACCAGGUGCGUAAAAUCCUGGAGUUGGUCCAAAGCAAAGGGGAGCAGGCCUGUGAAUACUUCCUAUAUAUUCUACACAAAGUUUAUGAUGCAUACAUUGACAUCCAGCCAUGGCUUAAAGAGAUCAACUACCAGCCCUCAGACUUCAUAAAAGACUUACCAGUGAAGAACACAGACCCUAUUAGUAGGUACUCUGAGAAGCUGAGGCAUGAGCUGGGCAGAGACACGCGUUUUAUUGCCUCCUAUGCACGGCAAGAGGAGACCCUGCUGGAAGAGCUCUACAUUGACACCUUGAUGGAGCUCUUAAAUGACCGCAACGAGAGUCUAGGUCACCUGGAAGGACUGGAGCAGCUCCUUGGAGAGCAGGGUGUUUUCAAUCCCCAGGCUGAGACUGUGUUUGUCACUGGGGAUGCUGGGGUGGGCAAGUCCAUCCUCCUCCAAAAGCUCCAGAGGAUGUGGUCCAAGAGGGAGCUGGAACAAACAGGUGCCAUGUUCUUCUUCAAGUUCCGUUGCAGGAUGUUCAGCACAUUUAAGGAAGCAGAUGAACUCUCACUUAGGGACCUGCUGUUUAAAUACAAUUGCUACCCUGACCAGGAUGCAGAUAAUGAGGUAUUCAGUUACAUUCUUCGUUAUCCCGAAAAGGUUAUUUUUACUUUUGACGGCUAUGAUGAGAUUCAGGGAGACCUGGACCUGGGCAACAUGCCCGAUGUGGUUUCUCCAGAGGUGAGGACUCAUCCACUUUUGAUGCUUAUUAACUUGCUUUGUGGAAAGCUGCUCAAGGGUUCACAGAAGGUCCUGACGGCUCGGACAGGCACAGAAGUCCAGGGCAGGGUUAUCCGGAAAAUGGUGGUCCUGCGUGGGUUCUCCCCGGCCCAUCUCCAGAGUUACACCGACCUGCACUUCAAACAGCAGGAGCACAGAGACCUGGUCUCAGUGCAGCUGAAUGCUAGCCCCCACCUCUGUGGUCUCUGCUCCAUCCCCCUUUUCUGCUGGAUUGUCUUUAAGAGCUUCAAGCACCUGCACUCAGUUUAUGAUGACUUUGAGCUACCAGAGGCUUGUGUGACCCUCACUAACAUCUUCCUUCUGCUGUCUGAAGUAUUCCUUAGCCGGGUGUCUGCUCCCCCCCCAUGCCUCCUAAAGAGAAGCACCAGGUGCCCUGCUGAUACUUUCAGGACAGGGCUGAGGCUUCUGACAGCCUUCUCUAAGUUAGCUCUGUUGGGCGUGGAGAGAGGAGGCUUUGUGUUCAAACAAGAGGAGGUGGCUUCCUGUGGCCUGACUGAGGAUGACCUUCAGGUGGGUUUUGUUCGAACAGUCAGUCAGUACGAUGGCUGUGGAAGCCCUGCCACCUAUGAAUUCUUGCACCAUACGCUGCAGUCCUUUCUGGCUGCCUUCUCCCUGGUUCUGGAUGAACAGUUGGCUGUGAGCUCCAUCCUCAAGUUCUUCACCGAGUGCAGUAGGAAGAACACCUCCUGUCUGUUAUGUGUAGUCCCUUGCGUUGGUAGUUUCUCCAAACACAGAGGAAAGGACCAGUUCAAGACCAAUGAGCACCUCCAGUUUGCCAACCUCUUCCUGUGUGGACUGCUUUCCAAAGCCAACGCAGCCUUGUUGGAGCACAUGGUUCCUCCAGUGCUUCUGAGGAAGAAGCGGGCAGUCCUCAAGUCCUACCUAUCGACCAGUGUGAGGUCCCACCUUCACGGCCUGCCACUCCACUGCACGGAGCAAGAGGGCAGCAAGGUGCAUGUCCUGCCGAACUUCUUGUGGAUGCUGCGCUGCAUCUUUGAGUCAGGAAGUAAAGACGUGGCUCAGCUGACAGCGAAGGGCAUCACAGCAGACUACAUUAAGCUUAGCCACUGUAAUGUGUUCUCUGGUGACUGCAGUGCCUUGAACUUUGUGCUGCAGCACCGGCGGAAGAGGCUUGGGGUUGACAUGGACAACAACAACAUCAGUGACUAUGGGGUCAAGCAGCUCAGGCCUUCCUUCAGUAAUAUGACUGUGGUGAGGCUCUGUGUCAACCAGAUAUCAGACAGCAGCAUUGAGGUACUGGCUGAGGAGCUGAUCAAAAACAAAGUUGUGGAGGUUCUGGGGCUUUACAAGAACCAGAUCACAGACAUUGGAGCCAAGCGAAUCGCUCAGAUCAUAGAGAAAUGUCAUAAGUUAAGAAUUGUGAAGCUUGGUAGCAACAGAUUCACUAGUGUGGGUGCAAGGUAUCUGGCCAAUGCCAUUCAGAAGAGCAAGUCUGUCUUUGAAGUGGGAAUGUGGGGUAACGUCAUUGGUGAUGAGGGUGCGAGAGCAUUUGGAGAGGCCUUGAGGAAUCAUCCAAGUCUUACAAACCUCAGCCUGUCAGCCAAUGGCAUCACUUCGGAAGGUGGUAGAAGGUUGUCCGAAGCACUAGAAGACAACACAGUGCUUAGAAUCUUCUGGUUGGUUCAAAACGAGUUGUCAGAUGAUGUAGCACCAGACUUGGCAAAAGUGAUUAGAUCCAACAAAAGUCUAACUCACCUCUGGUUAAUCAAUAAUCAGUUGACGGUGGAUGGAAUCCGACAGCUCUCAGAGGCUCUCUCACAAAACACGUCACUCAAAGAGAUCUGUUUAAAAGGAAACUGUAUUUCUGAAGAGGAGGAGAAGCAGUUUAUGUCAGAGGGUAGACUACGCUUCCGAUAGAACGGAGCUGGCAAGAGUUUGUGUAUAUGCGUGCAUGGAAAUUGGUCAUGUCUGUUACCAGAACAGAUCUUUUUGUAUUUUACAUUGUAAAUAUUUAGACAACUGUAUACAAGUUAGGUGCAUGUAAUGUGUGGUUAAUAGCCUUGAAAAAUGAAAUCAUUUUCCACAGCCAUAUUCUCAAUCAUUGACUACUACCUAGAUAAAACUUCGCUUUGAGCACUUUCAUUUAACCACAAAAUGUCUUAGCCUAUGUUAUCACUAUGCAAAUCAAAUGAAUUUUUAAUUGCUGUAUUGACUUUCCCCCACAUAACAACCCAGCACAGUGUAAAUAUAUUUCAUUAAACUGAACUAAUGUGGUGUCGUAUAUGAAUGCUUGCCUGAAAAUGUAUUGGGGACUAAUGAAUAUAGCUUAUUAGGCAAUCAUAUGAACACACAAACAGCGGAAAGUAGGACAUUACACAACUUCCACAUACUUUCUCAAUGACGGUUCAUUUACUGCAUAUUAUACUGAAAGUGAAACGUACACUGAAGCUAACACAGUGAAAAGACAUGAGCUCCAAAAGCUUUGCUCUUUUUAUUUCAUGUUCAGAACACAUUUUUACAUUAAUGGAAUGUUGUAACGUAUGUAUGUCUGAAAUGUAAAAAAAAAAGAGAAACGAAAGC